AUGGCACAACUCGACGACGGCGGUAAAAGCCCCAAGGCGGCGGACAGGAAUGACGAAGACACCGCGCGGGCCGUUCUAUUCCUCGGGUUCAACUUCCUAUCGACGGUCGCCCUCAUAAAUAUCAACAAAUACGUCUUCACCAAGGCGCAUUUUGGCUUUCCCGCGGCGCUGUCGAACGUGCACUACGUAACCUCUUGGGGCUGCCUCGCGCUGCUGAAGCGGCUAAUUCCUGCGCUGGUACCAACGCUGGAUGUCGGCCGCCCGCUCCACACCGACCGGGACUUCCUGGCCAUGUGUUUGCUCAUCGGCUCCGUGACGCCGCUGAAUAAUAUGAGCCUGCAGCUCAAUCCCAUCGCCUGGUACCAGACCGCUAAGUUGGCCGUGACGCCCGUCGUCGUCGCAAUCGAGUACGGCCUCGACGGCGUCGUGCCGUCGGCCGCGCGCGCUGCGUGCCUGGCGCUGGUAUGCCUCUUCGUCGUGAAAAUGCGAGAACCGGCCGCGGGCGGCGCUCCCCAGAGCGCCGCGGGUUUGAUAUGCGUCGCGAUCUGGGUGCCUCUGGCCGCCGCGUACAAAGUGCAGUUCGGCCGGCUCCGUCGAAAGCUGGGCAAGUGCUCGACGCUGGCGCUCAUGCACGCUCUUUUCCCGUACGCGCUGCUCGUACAAACAAUCUUGAGUCCCCUCGUGGACCCGCCGGGACUGUUCGAGUACUCGUGGACGGCGACGUCAGUCUUUGCCGUGGCCGCUUCAGGACUGGGCGCUUUCCUGGUGAACUACUCGGGCUUCCUCGUCGUAGGACACCUCGGCGCAAUCUCUCACGUGCUCCUCGGCCAGGCGAAGAGCGCCAUGACGCUCCUAGUCGCCGCACUCCUCUUCGGCACGAGCUACACGGCGCGAGAGCUCGUCUGCGCGUCCGGCGCGAUGGCGUCGAUCGUCGCGUACGCGUAUCUCAAGUAAUCAGUUGUUGUGCAUGAAUCCUCCCCGGCUCUUGCACGGCGCCGCGUUUCGGCACUAGCCGCUCUGCUUCCGUCGGCCGUCCCAGAGAGGUCCAAAUGCAUUGCCAUUCUCUCAGCACACUGGGUUUCACUGCAAAAUUGCCGGCACGCGCCAUCUUCCACACGCGAACCUGCUCUGUGGUGCACCAGGGUGACGGAGGGCCCCCGCGCAGGCACGAGGCCCAGGAGCACUCCGCGCACGAGGAGCACAUCUGGUGGGUCGACAUGUUCUUCUUCCUCGGCUUUUUAUUAAGCUUCCUCAUGGACAAGCUCCUCGACACGGACUGA